AGGGCCAAGCAAGUUCUGAAGAGCUUUCUUCUGCUGUCCUGUUAGUGAGCUGUGUGUCUUCAUGUGCUAAUAGUCUGUAAAAACAGGACCCAAUAGGAAAUUUUAGCACUUCGAGAUACAACAAUGGUGGCGCAUAUGCUGUUCAGGUGGAUUCUAAAAGGGCUUAUUGUGUCUUUUCUGCUCAAAACUACUCUGUCCCUAAACCCAGAUGAUCCAAAUGUUUGUAGUCAUUGGGAAAGCUACGCUGUGACAGUACAGGAAUCUUACGCUCAUCCGUUUGAUCAGAUCUAUUAUACAAGAUGUACUGACAUACUGAACUGGUUCAAGUGCACUAGACAUAGAAUAAGUUAUAAAACAGCGUAUCGAAGAGGACUAAGAACUAUGUAUCGGCGAAGAUCUCAGUGCUGCCCUGGAUAUUACGAAAGUGGAGACUACUGUAUACCACUCUGCACAGAGGAGUGUGUGCAUGGAAGAUGUGUUUCUCCUGACACUUGUCAUUGUGAACCAGGAUGGGGAGGUACUGAUUGCUCUAGUGCGAAGCCAAGGGUAGCGAGGGCUUUCGCCGGUGCAGUCGUCAGCACGGGUACGUUGGUGAUUGUUGCCUCGCCCGCGUUAAAGACAACACUGCUGAAGCUUCGCUGCUCUCCUUGCCUGACAGAGCUGGAGUACAGCCAGCUCAACAGGCCUGUGCCUGCCGCAGUCACGUUGCCGGACGCUGUGCAGAUGUGGCCCGAGUGUCACUUAGUGUCGCUUGCCGAGCUGGGACUGGCCGAAACGAUGUUGAGCGGGAGGCAGCGGGGGUUCUUGGCGUGGUACCUUCCCCAGGACGUUCAAGUCCUGCACCGAGCCGCACGCCACUUCGCUUUGCGUACCAGUGAUGAUGUUCGUAACAAGUUUACACUUUUCGAACACUAUUAUUGA